AUGUUCUUCUGCUCCAGGGGACCUGUCCUCCUGCGCUCCCCAGGAAACAUGCUUCUCUUCUGGAUGUCUUGUGGAUCACUACUCCCUCUCCUGGUCCUCUGCAAUAAUGGACAAAAACGCUGCACAAUCCAAGAGAACAAACAAUAUCAUGGUAGGGUCUAACUCUAAGAAUCUUUUUAGCAGAUAUCGAUGACAACAAAAUGUAUGAGUUGGACAUAUGGUUAAAUGUUUCAUUGUGGACAUUAUAGAAAGUCUUAUUAAGAUAUAGACAAUAUCACAACACUGCCAUCCACUUGGACAUGUAUUUUUUCCAGAAGUGAUUGUAGAUCAUAUUUUCUGCCCUAUAGUGAGACCUGUACUCUACAUCAUACAGCACAAUGUCUUCUAAUUCUAUUGUCUAUAUCCUUGUUCCCAGUCCCUCUAUCCACAGUGUCCCCUGUGCUUGAGUCCCUGCAGUGCUACAAUGACUACAGCUCCUACGUCCGCUGUAGCUGGGAGGAGAGUCCACAUACGUCCGCACAAGCUCCGUUAGCCCUAUACUACUGGGACAGCACUGAGAACCGGUAAGGAUAGAGCUGAUGGGCUGAUGAGAGGAGGGAGGGAGGGAGGGAGGGAGGGAGGGGAGAAGGAAGAGGUGGACACCGAGAAACAAUAUACUCAAUGAACUCAUGUCUCUCUCUAUCUCUCGCUCUCUCUUUCUCUCUCCUCUCUUUUUCUGUCUCUCCAGUGAGUCCCUGUGUAAACCCUACGGUCAGCCAGCACUGAAUCCCAACAACAGCAAGCUCACCGUCCAGUGUCAGUACAACACUCGUUACUUUGGCAUCAAUACCAACCAUGUCUUCUUCUUCAAGACCUCCUGUCCCUCUGCCCUGCUUCUGUCUAAGAAUGGUGAGUUUACUUAAAUCCGAACUGGUUCUCUAGCAAAUUAGUAAGAUUGUCUCACCCAAUGUUCAAGAAUGGCCUUUUUCCCUUUAUUCAGAUUACAACAUCUCACUUUCAGUUAUUUGAAAAGGAAAUAAUCUCCCAAAUAUCACUAUUCUAAAACAAGCCAUAGAAAGUUGGUUGCAAUUUUAAUUUAAUCCUCCAGAAACGACAGAACAAAUAAUGCAACAAAUAUUGUGGUUAAACUGAAAUAUACUAAUUGAUAAAAAAACGUUUAUUUUUGACAAAAUGUUUAAAAAAGGUAUAAUCUUCGUAAAUGAUAUCAUCGGUAAGACUGGUGGAGUUAUGUCACACAUGCAGCUAACAAAAACAUAUGGAAAUGUCUGCUCUACCCAAAAUUACAACCAAAUAAUUGCAGCAUUACCGCAAAAAUGGAAGAGGAAAGUGGAAGGGGGAAAAAGUAAGGAACCAUAUAGAUUGCAAAAUAGUUGGGAAGAGAUUUUUGACGUACCGAUUCCAUGGCAUAGUGUUUAUAAACUGAUACGCAAAACGUAUUGCCGGAUUCAAAACUUAGAAUUUUUCAAUUUAAAUUAUUAUAUAAAAUUCUUGCUACCAAUAGAAUGUUAUUUAUAUGGGGGGAUAUAAUCUUCCCAGCUCUGCAGAUUUUGCUGCGAAGAGACAGAAUCAUUAGAUCAUUUGUUUUGGUACUGUCCAUUUGUAGCUUGUUUUUGGACACAGGUCCAGGAAUGGCUAAAGGAUUGCUAUAUUUACCUGGAGCUAACCCUGCAGAUAGCACUACUGGGUGAUCUGAAAAGUCAUAGUCAAUCGAUCAAUAUUAUAAUAAUACUUUCAGCAAAAAUGUUUAUUUUCAAUUUACAAUCUGUAGAAGCAAUGAGAAUAGAAAGGUUCAGAACUUUUGUAAAACAUCACAGUACAGUUGAAAAAUAUAUGGCAAAUAGAAAUCCAAAAUGGAUGGUGUUAAGAGAUAGAUGGGUGGUGUUGAAUGAAGUUGAAGGAUGGGACUAAUAACAACUAACAACAACUUACAACAACAAGAUAACUAAUAAUGUAAAGCAUACUGUGUCCAUAAUAAGUAUAUAGGUUAUAGAUUGAGAGCUUUUGUGAAGAGCACAGUUAGAAAGAUAUGGUAUAUAGAAGCAAACCGGAUGGACAUAAUAAAAAUUAUCGGAGAGGUUGAGGGUAGAGGAAGUUCAGGAGAAAAAACAAACAAAAUAGAAUUAUUGUAAAAUUGAAAUUGUCCAUAAAAUGUAUAUAGUAUGUAUAAGCUGGAAGUAGAGGCCUAAGCAUUGUUGUUCACUAGUUUACUCCAAUUAGGGAAGGGGUGGUGGGGUUGGAAAGUAAUAAAGGGAAAUAUAUUUUUUUAAAGGAUAUGUAUAUGUGUAUGUAUAUAUAUGUAUAUGUAUAUAUAUAAAUAUAUAUAUAAAUAUAUAUAUAUAUAUAUAUAUAUAUAUAUAUAUAUAUAUAUAUAUAUAUAUAUAUAUAUAUGUAUGUGUAUAUAUGUAUAUAUAUACAGUGGGGAGAACAAGUAUUUGAUACACUGCCGAUUUUGCAGGUUUUCCUACUUACAAAGCAUGUAGAGGUCUGUAAUUUUUAUCAUAGGUACACUUCAACUGUGAGAGACGGAAUCUAAAACAAAAAUCCAGAAAAUCACAUUGUAUGAUUUUUAAGUAAUUCAUUUGUAUAUACAGUGAGGGAAAAAAGUAUUUGAUCCCCUGCUGAUUUUGUACGUUUGCCCACUGACAAAGACAUGAUCAGUCUAUAAUUUUAAUGGUAGGUUUAUUUGAACAAUGAGAGACAGAAUAACAACAAACAUAUCCAGAAAAACGCAUGUCAAAAAUGUUAUAAAUUGAUUUGCAUUUUAAUUAAGGAAAUAAGUAUUUGACCCCUCUGCAAAACAUGAUUUAGUACUUGGUGGCAAAACCCUUGUUAGUAAUCACAGAGGUCAGACGUUUCUUGUAGUUGGCCACCAUGUUUGCACACAUCUCAGGAGGGAUUUUGUCCCACUCCUCUUUGCAGAUCUUCUCCAAGUCAUUAAGGUUUCGAGGCUGACGUUUGGCAACUCGAACCUUCAGCUCCCUCCACAGAUUUUCCAUGGGAUUAAGGUCUGGAGACUGGCUAGGCCACUCCAGGACCUUAAUGUGCUUCUUCUUGGGCCACUCCUUUGUUGCCUUGGCCGUGUGUUUUGGGUCAUUGUCAUGCUGGAAUACCCAUCCACGACCCAUUUUCAAUGCCCUGGUUUAGGGAAGGAGGUUCUCACCCAAGAUUUGACGGUACAUGGCCCCGUCCAUCGUCCCUUUGAUGCGGUGAAGUUGUCCUGUCCACUUAGCAGAAAACAUCCACAAAGUAUAAUGUUUCCACCUCCAUGUUUGACGAUGGGGAUGGUGUUCUUGGGGUCAUAGGCAGCAUUCCUCCUCCUCCAAACACAGCGAGUUGAGUUGAUGCCAAAGAGCUCGAUUUUGGUCUCAUCUGACCGCAACACUUUCACCCAGUUCUCCUCUGAAUCAUUCAGAUGUUCAUUGGCAAACUUCAGACGGGCCUGUAUAUGUGCUUUCUUGAGCAGGGGGACCUUGUGGGCGCUGCAGGAUUUCAGUCCUUCACGGCGUAGUGUGUUACCAAUUGUUUUCUUUGUGACUAUGGUCCCAGCUGCCUUGAGAUCAUUAACAAGAUCUUCCCGUGUAGUUCUGGGCUGAUUCCUCACCGUUCUCAUGAUCAUUGCAACUCCACGAGGUGAGAUCUUGCAUGGAGCCCCAGGCCGAGGGAGACUGACAGUACUAUUGUGUUUCUUCCAUUUGCGAAUAAUCGCACCAACUGUUGUCACCUUCUCACCAAGCUGCUUGGCGAUGGUCUUGUAGCCCAUUCCAGCCUUGUGUAGGUCUACAAUCUUGUCCCUGACAUCCUUGGAGAGCUCUUUGGUCUUGGCCAUGGUGGAGAGUUUGGAAUCUGAUUGAUUGAUUGCUUCUGUGGACAGGUGUCUUUUAUACAGGUAACAAGCUGAGAUUAGGAGCACUCCCUUUAAGAGUGUGCUCCUAAUCUCAGCUCGUUACCUGUAUAAAAGACACCUGGGAGCCAGAAAUCUUUCUGAUUGAGGGGGUCAAAUACUUAUUUCCCUCAUUAAAAUGCAAAUCAAUUCAUAACAUUUUUGACAUGCGUUUUUCUGGAUUUUGUUGUUGUUAUUCUGUCUCUCACUGUUCAAAUAAACCUACCAUUAAAAUUAUAGACUGAUCAUUUCUUUGUCAGUGGGCAAACGUACAAAAUCAGCAGGGGAUCAAAUACUUUUUUCCCUCACUGUAUUUGCGAGAAAAAAAAACAUAUAUGGGGGAUUGGAAGUGAUGCAGACAAUUACAUUGAUGGAAGUUACAAUCUAUCUGCAAUAUUAAAACUGAUCUGCCCCCUAAAAAAAAGUAAAAAAGUAAUAAAAAUAAAUAGAAUAGUGAGUUUAAACAUUACAGGACACUGUCAUAAAUCAUGGUUCUCAAUCAUUUUACAUUUACAUGUUACAUUUUAGUUGCAAGUUAGCUAGCAGAUGACCCAAUUCGGUAGAAAUAUAUAGGGUCCUAUAUCUAUAUUAUUUGACUAUUCAUUUAUGUGUUCAUUUGUUUUUGACAGUGUGUGUGUGUGUGUGUGUGUGUGUGUGUGUGUGUGUGUGUGUGUGUGUGUGUGUGUGUGUAUGUAUGUGUGUGUAUUACAGUGAGGGUGCGUCCACCAGUCCACCUAUCACAGCAGGCUGUAGAGAGAGGGGUCCGUUUGCUCAGCUGGGAAAGCCCCUACCCCCCCUCUUCCCUCCUGACCCCCACUCUCAACUACCAGGUCAACUACAGGAGGUCUAACCAGGAUGACUGGACAGUAUGUAAUGGAGUAACAAACAAUUAGCUUGAGUACCAUGUCUUGUUUGUGCUAUAUAUUGCCAACUCCCUGUCACUCAUUGUCAAGGAUAGCAGGCAAGAGCACAAACGAAUCUGGGACCAGGUUAACAUACAAGGUGCUCUCAAAGACUCCUAUUCAUCUAAGAAAUGUGCUUCUGAAUCUUCAUAAAUACAGUAUACACUUAGAAAAAAAGGGUUCCAAAAGGGUUCUUCGGCUGUCCCCAUAGGAGAAACCUUUUUGGUUCCAGGUAGAAUCCUUUUUGGUUCCAGGUAGAACUCUUUUGGGUUCCAUGUAGAACCCUCUGGGGAAAGGGUUCUACAUGGAACCCAAUAGGGUUCUACCUGGAACCAAAAAGGGUUCUUCAAAGGGUUCUCCUAUGGGGACAGCCGAAUAACCUGUUUAGGUUCUAGAUAUCACCUUUGCUUCUAAGAGUGUAGGAGGACUGUUAGUUAACAUAUUGCUUAUGUUUUCCGACCCUCUUGUAAAAAGACAUGCUAAUUCUCAUGGUUAUUCAUCAUGGCAUGAGAUAUCCCACGCAAAACAAGCACAAGCAUAGGGUAGUUUUGCUCAGUUACAAAAUCAUUAAUCACUUACUUAGAAUUAUUCAUCACUUCCUCUCUGCUUCCUGCCCAGCGGCGUCACCAGAGUUUCAUAACAUUCGGGGGCUCAGUCCUGAAGACUAGGGGCUGAAGGGGUUGUGGAAGAGAAAAAAAGGGCCUUUUCUAAAAUAAUUUCCUGCAAUUCGACAUCAUUUUACAUGACUAGAGACAUUACAAUAAUAUUUUUUUAUACCACACGAAUGAUCAAAAUGUCAAGCUACUCUGACAUUUACAUACUGAGAUCACUAAAACAAACAACCAAUGUCUUAAAUGCAACAAAUAGCAUAGGCCAAUGAAAAGAGUGGGUACACAGAUCUUAGGCCUACAAUAAUGAGGAGGAAAUUAUAGUCCACCAACUUUACAGGGGCACUCACCUAUUUAAACAGAAUUAUCCAACAAUUGUAUUUUGAAAUAUUGCGAAAUACCUUCUAGCUGCUGCCUGCUGUUCAUUGACAGCCACAACUCAACAAUCAGCUGUUUUAUAUUUGCCGUGCGGGUUGCCCAAUUGCAGGAUUUCCAACUGUAGACUAAGGCCUAAUCGUUCAUAAUGUGACAAAACACUAUCUACAGCCCCCCAAAAAAUAAUAAGCUGUUGAUCCUCUGUGGCUAAAUUAUGCUGGUGUAGUAUUUCAAUGAUUUCAUUUCUUUUUAUAGAGACAGGAGUAACUAUAUAAUUUGUUCAAUUUAUUUCAAUUUAUCUGCAGCACAUCCCGCACCCCUUACUGCAAGCGCUAUGGUUUCUUCCAUGCACUAUGCUCUCCCCAAGGCCAAAUAAUCAACACUUGUUAUUAUUAAUUCAAUGGAUUGUGGUCAGUAACCCCACAUUAGGUUAUUGUGUAGGUAGGCUUACUGUUACAAUAAUAUAAUAGUUGUUUCAGCUAUAUUGUUAUUGAGACGAUGUAGUCCUUAUGACCUUUUUAAACAAUUCAAAAUAUGACAAAUGACUUGAAUAGCCUAUGGGAAAAGUGUACACAUGUGUAUUCGCAUCAGUAGGCUAAGUGACUGAAAGGCAUCAGAAAAGUAUUGGAAAGUUCAGGAAAACAUCAGGCAAGCUCAUCAGGUAGGCUAUAGGCCUAAUGUGUGUGUAGAUAAAAUCUGCAUUGCUUUUAAUUGCUAGACGAAUGAGUCAUGAGUACUCACCUUAAUUUAGCUAACAUUACCCAGCAUAAUUGUAACCUAAUAUCCAAACGGACAUUCAGUGAAAACAAAAAUCUGACAUUGAUUGAUUUAUCAAGAUGAGUUCAGUUUAAGUGGCGCAUUCAGUUGACACAUUUUUUUUUUUAGACCAUUGCAGCAGCGCAAAAGAUUCGUGGCUGACCCAAAAUCAUUUGGGGCUAAAUCUCCGACAGCCAGGUCCUGGUGACGUCCAUGUUCCGGCAUCAUUCCUCUUGCACGUCACGAUCCUCACCAAAGAUUACCGCGCUACUAUCUGAGACAGGAUGUCACAAGGCAAAAGUACAGAAAACAAAACCACCACCGGGAGUCCGAUAAAGAUCAGGGCUGUGUCUCAAUAGUCUAAAAUGGUUUCCUCCCUUUCAUCUGCACUGAUUUGAAACCACAUUAUAGGUGAAAGCAAUUUAAAGAUUCUUUCAGGAAGUCUACUUUCAACCUGUCCAGACCAGGUGCUUCACACUAGUGCAGAUGAAGGGAAGGAGGCAAAGAAAGGAACCCACUGGUUGAAUCAACGCUGUGUCCACGUUAUUUCAAUGAAAUGAUGUUGAACCAACGUCAAAUAGACGUUGAAUUGAUGUCUGUGCCCAGUGGUGAGCUACUUUAGUAAAUUGAGAUGUACACAUAAUGUGCGUGCCAAAUGGCACCCUAUUGCCUAUAUAGUGUACAUUUUUAGACCAGAGUCUUGUGGGGCCCUAUUACAUUUACAUUUUAGUCAUUUAGCAGACGCUCUUAUCCAGAACGACUUACAGUUAGUGAAUACAUAUUUUUAUAUAUUUUUUAUUUUUUUAUUUUUUUUAUACUGGCCCCCCGUGGGAAUCAAACCCACAACCCUGGCGUUGCAAACGCCAUGCUCUAUCAACUGAGCUACAUCCCUGCCAGCCAUUCCCUCCCCUACCCUGGACGACGCUGGGCCAAUUGUGCGCCGCCCAUGAGUCUCCCGGUCGCGGCCGGCUGCGACAGAGCCUGGAUUCGAACCAGGAUCUCUAGUGGCACAGCUAGCAGUGCGAUGCAGUGCCUUAGACCACUGCCUUAGACGUAUGCCAUUUGGGACUCCAUAUUCUUUGUCUUUUUCUCUCUGUGCAGACAGUGGAGGUUGAGGACACCCAUCUGAGUGUGAAGUUUGAGGCUCAGGUGCCUGGCUGCCAGUAUGAGGCCAAGGUGAGGGCAAGGGGGAAGAUGGGACUAUGGAGCGAGUGGAGCCCCCUAGUGACCUGGUUGACUGAGGAGGGUGAGUAGAAACCCUACAUAUACAUAAACAUACUCCAUCCUUCAUAAUGUAAUGUCAUAUAAUGUAAUGGAAUGUAUUCGUUUUAUAGGAUUGUAGUGCGUUUGUAAUGAAAUUGUAAUGAGCAACUUUAUAGGAUUGUGUGGGAUUUACGUGGAGGUGUCAGGGAAUUGUGAUCUCAACAUGUCAUGUGUUUGGAAUAGCAUUGCUCACUGGUGCAUCAACGUCUCCUUCCCUUUUGUUCAUUCCCGUCCUCCCUAAUUCCCCCUCUCUCUAUCCCUCUCUCUCUCUCUCUCUCUCUCUCUUCCUCCUGUCCUCCUGCUCCAUCCCUCCCUCCCUGCCUGACCUCCCUUCCCUCCCUCUGCCAGGCCCCUCCAAUGCGCAGUGUGUGUUGGAUGAGGAGAAUGUGGUGACAUGCAGCUGGGAGGUGAAGAGAGACCUGGCUCAGUUCCUUACCUUCGAUCUGUCCUGCAAACACAACAACACUGCACCGUGAGUUAGGAUCUGCUGCCAAAGCACUGUGUGUAUGCAUUUGUGUGUGUGCGUGCGUGCAUGCGUUCAUGUUUGUGCCCAUGGAUAAGAGACGAAACAGUUGACUACACUUCAGUCUCAUAGAUGACUACUCUCUUUCACAGCAUUGUCCUUCCUCUUCUCCAUCCAUCCAUUUCUCUCUCCCUUUCGCCAUCUCUCCAGAGCCCAGAAAUGCUGUGUUAACACCAUGGUCAGCGCUCCAUCUAGGGGUCCAAUGCUCAAAUACAGCUGCUCCUUCACUGUCCAAAACUCAGAGCAGCUAGAGGUGGAGCUCAUCCCCACACGCAACACCAAAGAGUUUCAAACACACAAACACAGUGAGUCAUUUUUCACUCCGACACAGGGGUGAUAUUUGGGGGAGAAUAAAAUCUCAUAGCUGAGACUCAAUUUAUGAUGAUAUUUGUUUUGAUGCAAUCCAGAAAAUAUACUGCCUCAGUGAUUGUGUAUCAGUGCUGCCACCUGGAGUUUAUAUUGUGGUAGCACAGGCACAAUUUACUGCUGGUUCCCAAGAGUAUUCUCAAAGGUGAUGCUAGAAGGUCAUGUAUAAUUUCAGCCAGUAGUUUAGAAAUUAGUGCUCAUGAGCCAAAACCGGUCCAGGGAAAUUGUGUAUAACUGUGUACAAUGUCAUCCAUUUCGUAUGAUAUGUUACGUCCUGCAAAAAAUUUACACAUUCGUAAGUGCUUAAUAUCCCGUUCAAUCUCUUUAAAGAUUCUUGAUGUCUCUCUCUACACAGUUCGCCCAAACCAUCCACUCAACGUGCAGAUAGAAGAGAUAGAUGGGAACUGGAUUCUAAAAUGGAAUCCGCCAAAAUCAAAUGUUGAACUCACCUAUCAAGUGCACUACUGGAGUAAUGAGACUCAGGUAGGAGAAGUAUUUGAUCUAUUUUUGUGCUAUACUUUCACAGGAAGUGGGAUGUCUUUUCAUUUUCAGUAUUACAUUUUAUCAUCUCUAGAUCAUCAUCUAAAGAACGCUCAUCAAGCGAGAUAGACUUUUGCAUUUUUAAGCAUCUCAUGAAUAGAUCAUUUGAUGAUGACUGAUAAUUUUACGGUGUCUCACUUGGUUCUGUCCAACAUUCUCUUUUUCAGGAGGAUACUAGGUUCCUCAAUGUCUCCCAGGGGUCCUCCUCGCUCUCCAUCCUGGGGGGGUCCCUGCGCCCCUCUGAAUGUUACCUGGUUAAGGUGAGAGCCCUGGUGGUCCCGGGAAGGGGUGAUACUUAUGAAGGACCACCUUCAGAAUGGACCGAUCCAGUGGAGUGGACCUCACAACCAGGUAAUGGACCUAGAUGGUAUCUCCUGGUUGAAGCAUGUUUUUAAUAGUAUAAUAUUCUAUUGUUGUAUUCUAUUCUAGCCUGAGAGAGUCUGUUUUUGCUAUCAUGCCAACUCCUUGUCACUAAUUGUCAUGUAAAUUGCUAUAUAUGGCUUGAUAAUGACAGCAAUGGAGUUGGCAAGAGCACAAACUUGGACCAAGCUAAUUCUAUACUUUUUUGCAAAUAACUCUGAAAACCUAUUUUAUCAUCAGAGAUAACCAGUCUGGACUAAAACAAGUACAAAUGGGGGGAUGUGAUCCAUAUUUUAUUAUUUACAAUUCAUCUAGCUGUGCCAGCCUUGUGAGUCAAAACAGCGGAGCUCUAAAAACUAUAAUGUGAUUAUCUAUUCAUGAGAUGUUGAAUGAAAAAGCACCAAUGUUCAUCUCUCUUGAAGAAUGUUUUCAAAAACAAAUGUAAACACUUUCAUUAUUUAUUGAAGAGCGUUUCUUGCUUCCACGUGUUAGUCUUACGUGAAGCCUCGAUAUUUGCUUUCAUGUGAAAAAUGAACUUGGAUGAGUUGGAUGUUUUAUCAUUGAACUACCAUAAUAUUGAAAUGUGUGUAACAUGCCAUUUGGAGGAUUCUGAGAGUGAAACAAGAAGAAAUUAAGACUAGACUUGAUGAAGGCAGCAAACAGGAGCUGAUAAAAUGUGACUUUGUUCUCUUAAAGCAACCACUCAAUCAGUUCACGUGACAGACAGGAAUUUCCAGACACUACUAAUCAAUUACUUAUCAAUGAUCAUCAACUACAUUUUCCACUCUUACAUAUGCAUGUUUUGUCCCAUGUCUCCUUGUAGCUUCCUGGUCCGCCACCACCUUCCUCUACGUCCUCAUCAGUGUACUGGUGGCCAUUGUCUUCAUCACUCUCUACGUUACCAUACCAGCCUGUCACAGGUGAUUACUCAGACUUCUCCAACUGCUUUUAUUGUUUUUCUACAAUUUUAAUUCCCCUUUGUGUUAUUACUAAUGUUAAACUACAGGUAUCUGCCAAAAUAAUGGAAACACCUGAGUAAAUGAGGGAUACAAAGUAUAUUGAAAGCCGGUGCUUCCACACAGGUGUGGUUCCUGAGUUAAUUAAGCAAUUAACAUCCCAUCAUGCUUAGUGUCAUGUAUAAAAAUGCUGGGCAGGCCAUUAUUUGGGCUACCAUAGCUAUGCCCCCAUAGGAUGACAAUGGCCCCAUCCACAGGGCAUGAGCGGUCACUGAAUGGUUUGAUGAGCAUGAAAACGAUAUACACCCCAUGCCAUGGCCAUCUCAGUCACCAGAUCUCAACCCAAUUGAACAGUUAUGGGACAUUCUGGGGCGGCACCUGAGACAGCGUUUUCCACCACCAUCAACAAAACACCAAAUUAUGUAAUUUCUCGUGGAAGAAUGGCAUCGCAUCCUUCCAAUAGAGUUACAGACACUUGUAGAAUCUAUGCCAAGGUGCAUUGAAGCUGUUCUGGCUCUGGUUCAACACCCUUUUAAGAAACUUUAUGUUGGUGUUUCAUUUAUUUUGGCAGUUACCUGUCAUUCUAUUAAUUCAUCCAUCCAUUGAUUAAUUCAUUUGUUUUCUGUCUGUAGGAGGGUAGUCCUGUGGGAGGUGUCUGUCCCGUCGCCCCUCAAGAGCAAGGUACUGCGAGAGGUCAUUAAGGUAAGUCUGAAUACAUCUGAAUGGCUGAGUAUUCAUCCAGCAUUAUUCACAAAGCAUCUCGCUGUGGACUAUUAAUCUAUUGAAUAUAUGACAACUGCACUCAAUAAUAAUAAUAAUGAUAGUUUUAAAAUCGGCUAGACUGUACACAAAUAUUAUUUUUCAUAACCACUAUAAAUUACAAUGUAGGAUCCAGGGCUGUGCACAGACCUUUCAGGGGGCAGGUGCUCAAAAUAAAAAAAAGGGCAAUUCAUAUCUCGAAAUUCAUAACAUACUAACUGCCUCUGUAGCGAACAUUUAAACAUAUUUUUUUUAAACUGAUUUUACCUUUAUAAUAAAGCAUUGCAUAUCAUCGCAUUUGCUUUUUGGAAUAGAGCAGUAGAGUAGAGGCGCUUACAGAAGUUGCACUCAUGGGGACCAUUUUAUUAUAAAUGGGGACGGGGGGGUGAACUUGACGAUGUCGCGACGACUUGGGGGCAAUGGGUUCAGAACAACAACGACAAACACUGUAUACAAAGAAAGAUAUACCACCAUCCAGAAGGGCGAGUGAGAGGGCAAAGGGGAGUGGGAGGACACAGUAGAUCAUCUAUCUGUGACCUUGCCUGCAUGUAUCCAUCUUUCAUAGUUCAUUCUCUUUCACAGAAGUCUCCUGAUAGGUUGUUAUUCCCCGAGAGUGAGAGAAGUGAGCAGACCUACAUCUGCAGCGUACAGACACUGGAGAGCAGGGAGGAUAUCAGUCUCUGCUUUAGCUGGUAAAACUGGCUCAUAUCUUCAUACUUCUAACCUUCACUGUCCAACACUUAUAAAAUAUAACUCGUACACACGGUGACCUGGCUCAACCCUAAGCCUCAACCCUAACCCUUACCUCACUCUGUUGUGUUGCAGCUCUUCAGAUAAUCCAUUGUGGUUGACCCCAGAUGUAAAGGCCAAUGGACUGUUCCAUUCCAUUACCAAGGAUGGGUGGAAGAAGUAUGACCCAAACUCUUCCUCCCUACAUCUGUUGUCUGUGGACAGAUCUGGCCCUCCUGCUCUGGACUCAUCUGGCUUCAGCUUCAGUGGCCCUUAUAUCUUGUGUGGCGACAGUUCACCAGCGCCGAGUGAGUUUCUGAGUCUGGAGCCUCCAUGUGUGGAGUCCGACAACACUCUCUCUAACUCUGAACCCACUUCUCCUUCCUCCUCGGAGAGGACUGGCCCAUCCCUCUCGGGGUCGAGCGAGGGCUAUGUGGCGAUGCCUCAGUUUAGUGUUGGCCUGUCCAGAUCAACAGAGGGAGUGUCUGAUGGUCUUAUGAGCGCUGAAGUAGGGGACGACAGUAAGAACAACGGCAACAAAAACAUAAUGGCAUGGCCCAAGUCAGAGCUCCUCCCACCCCGACCUAGCGCUAUGUCCAACGGCUCACUACCCAGUGAGAACGAAGACCCUCCUCCAGCGUACACGCCCUCCACCACCACCACCCCCUUCACCUUGCCCCCAGUGGGCCCUACCGUACACACCUCUGGGUACUGCUUCCUCCCAGCCCUACAGGCACUUGGGGGCUGGGGCCAUGUGCAGUCCUCUGGACCUCCUAUAGGGGGCAGUCAAGAGCAGCAGGACUGGAGGAGAGAGAGGGGGCAAGGGGAGCAGUGCAAGGAAGAUCCCUACGUCAGACUGUCCCAGCUAGCCACUUAG